AUGGAACGAGAGCAGCUACAUUCUUUCAAAGUCAGCAAUCCAACAAAAGAGUUCAAAUCAAACUCUUACACACCAUCACUGCCGUGUUGUCGUGAUCGAUUUGGUGAACAAUCCUGCCAAGGGCUAAGAAAAGCUCAACCGGCUUUGUUCGAGAAAAGAUGCUUAAACGACCACGACUUUCACACCCUGGAUUGUUGUGCGGAAUGCAGAAAAUACAUUGAGCUGCAUAAGAUUCAUCCAGAAAAUACAAAAUUGCUGCAGAAGGCUCCAAUAGUUUGCCGAGACAAACAUUCGCUCAAUUUUUGCAGAAGAUUCAAAGCCAGAGGGUUGGGGAAAUUUAGCUGUGCGAAUGCGGAGUUUGCAGUGAGAGUUUGUCGGCACACAUGUGGAUACUGUAACGACACCCUUUACGACGCGACAAAGUCUGCUCCAUUUUGUGCUACCAAUACCUCCACUAACCUGGGACCAAAUUAUUCAUUCCUGCAAAGAUUGGGAAUGGUCUCGCCAACUGAAGUAAAAAAGCUCACUAUUGCAUCAUUGGGGAUAAUUCCGCUUGGGAAAACAGAGGAUAAAAUUCAGAAUGGCAAGGACUUUUACAAAUUUCUCUUUACAAAUCACCCGGAUCUUCGCAGGUACUUCAAAGAUGCCGAGAACUUCACUGCUGAUGACGUUCAAAAGAGCGAAAGAUUCGAAAAACAAGGAAAUGCUUUGCUUCUGUCUGUGCAUCUUCUGGCUAACACCUACGAUAAUGAGGAGGUAUUUCGCGCAAUCUGCCGUGACCAUAUGAACAGACACGCAGCGAGAAGCGUCGACCCUAAUCUCUGGAAGGCCUUCUGGGAUGUUUGGAUGGCGUUUCUGGAAAGCAAAGGUGCAAUUCUGUCCGCAGACCAAAAGGCAGCUUGGGAAGCCCUUGGCACAACGUUCAACGAGGAAUGCCAAUCGCAUCUGGCAAAACUAGGAUUGCCCCAUGUAUAA